UGACAUUGCAUCGUCAGUUGGUGGCUUCAUGUGAUCUAUUUUAUCAAAUAGUGUUUUUACAGAGAUUAAUCAAUAAAAAAGGAUUUCUUUUUAGCUUUGCUGUUUUGUUAGUUUUUGCUUAACAAAUCAAAUUACAUGUAGAUAGAAAAUACCGCAUUUUUCACCAUUCUUAUUUUCAAAUUAGUGUAUUUGAAAUAAACGGUUCAAUAGAUAAAUUUCAAGUACUCGAAUACAGAUUUGUAGAGCAUAAUAUCAUUUUACAGACAUGUCUUUCUACUUCUGUGUAUAAUCUAACCAACCAUGACAAAAAAAUCCCGAGGAGAUACAUACGAUUCCUUGGUACAAUUGCACGUGGUAUCAUAAAACGGGGAAGUAUUAUAUUUAGCAUUGGAAUAUACGUAUCACGCUACCCGGAAAUGUUCCGUAUCUAAUCGAAGGAAUUUCACGGCAUGGGAUUUUGAGCGAAUGAUAUAUCUAUUAAGCAGCAGUGUUUGAUUAUCAACAACGAUGGGGGAACGUUCCUGGAGAUGCAGCAUAACAAAUGACUUUAUAUUUGACAGAGUUUUAACGUCUGUAACUCCUGCAGAAGUUCUUGAAGAAGGCGAUGACGAUGAGGAGCAGGAGGAGGAGGAGCAUGUACAUGCUGAUGCCGCUGAUGGAUUGUUUUCUAAGAACAGGGAUUCAUCCACUUCUACAUCGAGUAAUUCAAGUAGUGACUCUGACGAUUUGAGAUCUAGAAGAAGAAAUCGAAGAGCUAGAAAUUUUCAGAGUCUUUGGAGCAGAGACACCAUGUUCAGCCUUCAAUCUACAAAACAUCCUAGAAACCAUGAUGAUGUGUAUCACGUGGUCACGCAAGUUUAUAGUGCAGCUCAAAACGAAAUAAGGGUAAAUGACAGAAUCAUUGAAAUCAAUGAGAAAGAUGUACGACGGAAAAGUAUGCAAGAGAUCGACAUAAUCUGGAAAGGACUCGCCAAAGCAUCCAAAAUAAAACUGAAAGUAUGGCGGUGGGAAACUGACGGAGUUGGCCAUAAUGUUCGGGAAUUAAAAAUAGUUUUCGAUCGCGUACAUGUACAUCCCGAUUGCCUCAUCCGGGAAAUAUCAAGGCUUUCACUAAGCGAUAAAAUUCCAAGAGCAGUCAAAAACUUUGUAUGGACAAGUGAUGAAUUCAUUCCAUAUCAUAUUCGUAUUGCCAGUGAAUCGGGAAUUUAUGUCUCUGCCAACAGUGAAAACAUGACUUUAUAUGGCGAGCCAAUGAAAGUGAAUGAUGGGAAUAACCAAUUUCGUUUCCUGGUGCGAUUCUUCAGCUGCAUCAUAGAGGAUGACGUACACGGCUGCAAUGCCAGGGUGGGUUUUGUGGUCCAGUAUGGGAAAGAUUUUGAUGUGUCAUCAGUCUUACCAGAGUCCACGUCCGUUCUGUUGAAGCGCCACGUUCCCUACGACACAAAGAAAUUAGACGAACGUUUCAUCCUUAAACUACAGAUUCCCAAAGAAGAGGACUUCUUCGAAUCUCUUUCCUAUAAAAAUAUGUUUAUGAAAUACGACAAUGAAUCAAAGGAAAUCAGAAUGCAACACAUGGAUGGUCCUGGACCGAGUUACCUGUAUGAGAUGUUUGAGACACGGGGACCAAAAUCUACGGCCAAAUUCGAUGUACCCACCGUAUCGGAAAUAGCCGACAACUUAUUUGUGUUGGAACAAAUCAAAGAAUAAACAAUGAACAGUCAUUUUGUAAAGGUCAAACAACAUGUUUAUCAAAUCUGAAGAUGAGAGGGGGAAAAGCUUUAAUUUUAGUAUUACGAGAAAAGAGAUUAUACAGUGUGUUAUGGGUUAGAAUAUUCUUAAAUAAAUUCAGCAGAAAUCAAUCACAAA